UUGAGAAUAGGCUAGUAUCACCCUCCUAUCGGAUUGUUGUUUCCGCUGCUGCAUUCUGAUUACAAAACCAUCUGUGUAUCUUCUGUUUUAAAGCUAAAUUGUCAUCAUGUCAGGAGCUCUGUUUCCCAGUCUGGUGUCGGGGUCCCGCGGCUCCUCGAGCAAAUUUCUGGUUGAGUUUCGUGCGGGGAAGAUGACAAUGAAGGGCAGCACAGUGACUCCAGACAAGCGCAAGGGGCAAGUCUACGUUCAGCAGACGGAUGACUCGCUUAUUCAUUUCUGUUGGAAGGAUCGGACCUCUGGGAACGUAGAUGAUGACCUUAUCAUCUUCCCAGAUGAUUGUGAGUUCAAGAGAGUCAACCAGUGCACUACCGGUCGAGUGUUUGUACUGAAGUUCAAGGCUGGAUCGAAGAGGCUGUUCUUCUGGAUGCAGGAGCCCAAGAGCGACAAGGACGAGGAGUACUGUCGUAAAGUGAAUGAGUAUCUGAACAACCCUCCCAUGCCUGGAGCCCUGGGCAGUGGAGGCAGCAGUGGCCAUGAACUGUCUUCUCUAGGGGGAGAGGGGGGACUGCAGAGUCUCCUUGGCAACAUGAGUCACAACCAGCUCAUGCAGCUUAUUGGACCCACUGGACUGGGAGGCCUUGGUGGUCUUGGGGCUCUAGCUGGUCCGGGUCUGGCCAGCCUGCUGAGUAGUGCAGGUCCCGCAGCUGGCAACUCCUCUUCAAGUCCAUCUCAAUCUCCUGCUGUCACCCCCACCUCCACCUCCGCCACCACCCGGCUGGGUUCCUCCCAGGUCCCGACCACACCCAUCACCCCGUCGGCGACAAGUGCCGCGUCCCCCAUGGCCUCGCCCACCACCCCCGUUGGGCCCUCCCUGGCGGCCGGGGCAGUGAGCCCCGCCCAGCCCAUCCAGCUGAGUGACCUGCAGAGCAUCCUGGCAACCAUGAACGUACCGGCGGGCGCUCAGGGAGUGGACCUGACCAGUGUCGUAACCCCCGAGAUCAUGGCGCCUAUCCUGGCAAACGCUGAGGUCCAGGAGAGGCUGCUGCCCUUCCUGCCGUCAGGAGAAUCCCUUCCUCAGAGCACCGACGAGCUCCACAACACACUCAGCUCCCCCCAGUUCCAGCAGGCGAUGAGUCUGUUCAGCAGUGCCUUGGCGUCAGGGCAGUUGGGACCUCUGAUGAACCAGUUCGGCCUGCCAACGGAGGCUGUUGACGCGGCUAACAAAGGCGACGUUGAGGCUUUUGCUAAAGCCAUGGAGACGGACAGCAAGUCGGACCACGAAGAUGACGACACCAAAGACAAGAAGGAUGAUGACGAAGAUAUGAGUUUAGAUUAGGACUUGUGUCCGAAAUCUGUUUUAAUUAUUGUAUUUUAUUUACUGGCUGUGAUUUUAUUUUGUGCUUAAGCUGUGGACCAUUUCCCUCUGCAUUUUGUCCUCAAAUAUUUAAAAGGCAUGUAUUAGCCACCUGUCCCACCUAGUGUGUUCAUGUCUCAGAGCUUGAUGUUUUUGUUGAUACAGUAACAGUACUGACAAAUGCGAGUGCUGACGUGACCUGUAGCUUGCUGAGAAAUAAAUACUAGUCACAGUCUUAA